UCAAUCCCGCCGAACUCGUUUAUUGGCUGCCACUGACGGCUGUGGGCGGGGCCGGCCUGGGCAUCAGGGAAGUGUUUUGCUAUGUGACUUCCGGUACACACCGUAUCCAUCAAUUGCACACAGCGCCACCCACCGACCUGUACCGGCUUAGCGGGGAGGUAUGGUAGCUGUAGGAGCCCGGAACCUCCAGAAUACCGUAUCGAGGAUCCGUCGUGCUUUCUCCCGGGCAGGGGCUCCAUCUCACUGACACUCCUUCUCCUCCCUCCUUCAUCCAUCCAUUCAAUAAUGGCCACAGGGGAGCUGCAGGGCAAGUACCAGAAGCUGGCACAGGAGUACUCCAAGCUAAGAGCCCAGAACCAGGUCUUGAAGAAGGCGGUGGUGGAUGAACAAGCGAAUUCUGCAGCUUUAAAGGAGCAGCUGAAGAUGAAAGACCAGACCCUGAGGAAGCAGCAGCAGGAGAUGGACAGCCUGACCUUCAGGAACCAGCAGCUGGCCAAGAGGGUGGAACUGCUACAAGAGGAGCUGUCUGUAAUGGAAGCCAAAGGCAAGAAGGCCAAGAAACACGUUGAGUCGUCUCAAAUGAGUCAGGAACAAAAAAAUGUCUUUGAUGAAGACCUGCAGAAAAAGAUCGAGGAGAACGAGAGGCUGCACAUACAGUUCUUUGAGGCCAGCGAGAAGCACAGGCAGAUAGAAGACGAGUUGAGGAGUCGACUGCAAGUCCUAGACACAGGGGCUGCCCAGCACCAGGCUGUUGUGGAAGGCCUGAAGCAGAAAUACAUGGAGACCAUUGAGAAGUUACAGAGUGACAAGGCAAAGUUAGAGGUAAAAGCGCAGGGUCUGGAGAAGGAGGCGAAGGAAUGCAGACUGCGGUCAGAAGAUUGCCAGAAUCAGCUGAAAACCCUUCAUUCGGAUCUGAGCAGUCGAUUGGAGGAGUCUCUGGGUGUCAUCAAUGAAAAAGUGCCGUUCAAUGACACAAGAAUUAGCGACUUCAAUGCCCUGAAUGUACCUUUGCACAGCAGAAGACAUCAGAUGAAAGCCCGGGAAUUAGCCGGCCAGGCUCUGGCCUUUGUCCAGGAUUUAGUCACUGCCCUCCUGAACUUUCAUACAUAUACAGAACAGAGAGUCCAGAUCUUUCCCAUAGACUCAGCCAUUGAUGUCAUCUCUCCCCUGAAUCAGAAGUUCUCUCACCACCUCCAUGAAAACGCCUCGUACGUGCGUCCCCUGGAGGAGGGAAUGCUCUGGUUGCAGGAGAGCAUCACGGAAGGCACAGUCACCGUCCUGGAAACGGCGGUGAAGCUGAAAUGUUUUUCCGAGCACUUUACAUCAUAUGUCUCUUACCUGCAGAAGAUCCUUCCAUAUCAGUUACAGAGUUUGAAGGAGGAAUCGGAGUCUCCCAAUUGCACAGCAGCUUUACGGGAGCGGAACAUGGAACUACAGCGGGACGUGAAGAGGAUGACUGCACUGUUUGAGAAGCUGCAGACUUACAUUGCCCUCCUUGCCUUACCUAGCACAAAACCAGAGGGUUUGCUGAAAGCCAACUACAGCUCCAUCCUGACACAGAUAUCAGACUCUCUCCGUGGACUUCAUGAUAUUAUGAAAGAGCUUUCCAAGCACUACAGUCGUAAAGCUGCACUCGAGCAGGAGCUGCCAGGAGCCACCGAUAAACUUAAAACCACAAAUGAUUGCAUCUUGUCUUCUCUUGUUGCUCUAACCAAUGCAACAAGCAAGAUUACAACUUUUUUCUCUAACAACCUGGACUACUUCAUGACAUCCUUAAGUUAUGGACCAAAAGGGAGGCCGGGCUUCACCAAUCCCCUCUCAGCCGAAAUGAUGCUUCAGUACAAAAAGAAAGCCGCCCAGUACAUGAAAGCUUUAAAGACGCCCUGUCCAGACUCCGUGCCUUAUGAGGAAGCAUUGGUGAAUCGCAGAGUGCUACUAAGUUCUACCGAGAGCAGAGAAGGCCUCGCACAGCAGGUGCAGCACAGUCUCGAGAAGAUCAGCAAACUAGAACAAGAGAAGGAGCACUGGAUGCUGGAGGCGCAGCUGUCCAAGAUCAAGCUGGAGAAGGAGACGCAACGCAUAACGGAUAUAGUGAAGAAUAUGGACAAAGGACAACUGACUGACCCUGCGCACGAAAAUGCAUUGUUACACGGGACGGACAAUGCUGUAGAAACAAAAACUACUAGUUUGAUCGGCAUGUUAACCAUGAGUAACGAUAAUCUGCAGGUUCCAGAUCACGACUCAAGGGAAGGACUGAUAAAAAAUCAUUACAUGACAAGAAUAGCAGAACUCACAACGCAGCUCCAGCUGGCAGACAGCAAGUCCGUUCAUUUCCAUGCUGAGUGCCGGGCCCUGGCGAAGAGAUUAGCAUUGGCAGAAAAAUCCAAUCAGAGCUUAACAGAAGAAACCAAAGCGGCCAGUCUGAGCAUCAGCAGAUUGCAGGAUGAGUUAAUCACAACAAAGAGAAGUUAUGAGGACCAGCUGAGCAUGAUGAGCGACCACCUCUGCGUCAUGAACGAAACGCUAACAAAGCAACGGGAGGAAAUAGAUACACUGAAGAUGGCUAGUAAGGGAAAUUCUAAGAAGAACAAAAAUCGAUAGUUGAUGCAUAUGAGCGCAUAUCACGCUGCUGCUGGAUCCACCCUGCAGAACGCUCUUUGCUCGGCGAAGAUUUCUGCCAUCACCUUAUCCCUGUGAUAUAUGUGAAUGGAAUCCCUUCUCUCUGUGAAAGGAUCUCGCCAAACACCUUCCCCGUGUCCUGACCACGCCUGUGACCUGACCGGAAGGUUUGGAACGCCAUCAAGAAUAUUUCCACUUCAUGAUUUUUACCUCCUUUAAAAAUUUUUACAAUGCACUUUUUUUUUUGUUUAACCAGAUUUUAUUUCGUUACACUAUACAGCUUUAAAGUGGUUUUUGUUUUUGUACUUUUUUUCAGGCUUCAUUUAUACAACACGAAAUGUCUGUAAUUGUACGUUCUGUUCUGUAAGAGACUUGUAUUACUACAUUGUUUUUGCUCUGGGACCUCAUACCACAGAGACGUAAAGGGAGAAUUUUGUUCCAUUCAAGGUCUGUUUACUUACAAAUAAACCAUACGAAUAUGCCUCCAAUUGUGAAACCUUAAUGUCUGUACAUUGAACAAAACAAACAAAGUUUAUCAAUAAAUUCUUACAAA